UUUUCAGUCACCCAGAAGCACGUGUAGAUAAAAGUUUAUUUAUUAACGUGCGGAACCGUAGUUAAAUAGUGAUUGAUUUGUAAGUCUGUCAGCACGACAAAUUUCUAACUAAUCAAUUUUUGUAGUUCUGCUUUUAGAUAUCAAAUCUAAUUUUAAAAGUAAGGAGUUCAUUUCCUAGCACCUCAAAUGCAAGUUUAUAUCAACUGGAAUUUAUAAUUGUAGUGAAUUAACUAUUUAAACUUGUCCAUGAUUAAUUAGAGAAGUAUUCGAGAUCUGUGUGUUAAGUGGAGGCUGUCUGGCACAAAAUUAGCAGUGUCGGUUAGUUUUUGCUGAAAGUUUAUUAUCAGACUUGCUAUUUAUUGGUGUCAGAAAUUUUUAACAGUACAAGUCAAGUCUUUAUAAUUGCCGAUACAAAAAUGGACAAGACCACGGUAAAAAAAUCUGGAACGUCCAGUUGGAACGUAAGCAAGAUCAAAUCUGGAAAUAAGCAUUUUGUACGGAAAAAUGUUCAUGGUACGACAUCACGACGACCAGUCGCCACAAGUUCAUGGAACGUGUCAGCAGAUUUUAAAAGACCAUCUACUUUUCAUCAUCGACACAAUGAUUCCAGACCUAAUAAAUAUGAAAAGAAAGCGUCGCCGUCGUCGCCUGACGUACAAAGUACUGGGAGUAAUAAACAGAGGAAACUUACAGCUCUCCAGAAAGCCAGAGACUUGUUGAAGCAACGCCAAGAGGCCGCAGUUCUUCAGAAGGCGGAAGCUCAGGCAAAAAAACAAGCAGAUUUGACCAAGAAGCUUGAGAACAUAGAAAAAAGAAAAUCGAAUUUUAAAGCAUAUUCCAAACGUAAUAAAUUCGGUCAGCCCGUAAUGGCCAGCAGAAUGCAAAUGUUACUAGAAAAAAUUCAAAGGAAUGGACCAGAAACUUAGCCUCGAUGGUCAUCGUGUUAGCCUCUAUCUAAUUCAGAUACAUCUAUAUUACUUUUUUAAGUCGUAAGUUUUAUAUAAAUUUUACACGAAUAAGUUGAAAUGUGAUAUAGUCUCACCGGAUAAUAUAUAAUAAAUACUAUGACAGUAUACCAGCAAAA